AUGUACCGUCACCGUCGCUUUGUGUGUGGCCUCGCCGGGGUUUAUCACCACGUGGCAGGGCGCUGUCUCGUGACCGGCGGAGGCGGCAAACCCGCGGACAAGGCAAACACGUCGGAAGGAAAUAAAGGCGGCCGAGACGCAAAUCCCCCUGGUGUCUUUGGAAGCAGCAGCAACAACAACAACAGAAAUGACGGUGGCGACUUGCCCUCUGGCUUUGACACACAGAAGCUGCGGGUGAUGCAGCAAAUGCUCAGCGCCCAGCCGAUUGAGAAGCAAAUGGAAAUGAUGAAAAAGGCGCUGGAGUUUCAGAAGACGCUUGGCAGGAUUCCUGGGGUGGGCAGACUUGCGCAGAAAAACAUUGAGGUGAUGGAGCACCUACUGAAGAGUGUGGAAAAACAACAGCAGUAUCAACCGCAAAGUCCUUCACAUGAGGUGUCGAAGUCCGCUGGCGUUGGUGGCAACACGAGUGGACUCUUCGGCGGGAACACAAACGCACUCAGCGGUUUGUUUCACUCGGCGAGUUCUGCCGCUGCUGGUGGUGGUGGCUUCAGUGUCAAUGAGGGUGGUGGCCGAAGUUCCCCCAGCCCUACCAUUGAUGAGCUGAAGAAAGUCAAUUUAGGCCCCGAGAUCGAGGCGCUCUUUGCGGAGCUGGCGUCGAUGCGGGCAAAGAAGAACUCGUAUCGGGACAAAUUCCACGCAAAGGAGGAGGAGUUUGAAAAGCUCCAGAAGGAGCUCAUGCAGGCGCGUGAGACGGAUACAAGCCUCCGCACAAAGCUACGAAAAAUAGAGCAGGACGUCGUGCUGCUCAACUCAGAGAACAUGGAGCUAAAAGAGCAUGAAAAGGAGUGGCGGCAAGUGCUGAAAAAGAAUGAAAUGCUCACGGAUACCGUGCAACGCUUGCAGCGGAGUGACGCCGCACAGGAUCGGCAACGCGGUGAUAUGCUACAGACUCAACUGAAGGAGAAGGAGGAAAACUUACGCUCGCUUCAGCGAAAACUCGAGCGCCUUCGCCGUCGUGACCCACUCUUGAAGUUCUCACGACUAUGCAGCGAUGUGGCGCGAAUGUGUGAUGGCGAACGUGACACUGCAAAGGAAGUCUUUGACAACGCAUUUGCUGCUCUGCAGUCAUGCUAUGAGCAGGAACAGGACACAGCAUGGGAUGCAGCAGCCAUGCGGAAUGGUGCCGGGGCACGUGCAUACGCAGCAAUGGUACGUCGCUUAUUUUUAAGCCGCGUGCCACACGUAAAUUACGAUGCUCUUGUGACUGUUGAGGGAGAUGCCACUGCGCUGAAGAUCUUUUUUGAGGAGUGCGGCUUUGAGCUGCAGCCGGUAACGGCUGAGCGGUACGUCGUGGCCGCGCCCGCAGCUGACACUGCCUCACCAACGUUUCUUGGGCCCUACGGUGUGGGUAUAGCGCUCUUUCUUGCGGGGAAAAUGGAUGCGGCGAUGCACAAGCUUCCUUUUAGGCUGACAGCCGUGUGCCCGAACAUAAGCACAACGCUCGCUAGCAACACACAUCGUUCCACAGUGCAAUACGACACGGCACGCGCAAGUGGACCUGGUGGUCAAGCGGCAAACGUGACGGAGACCCAAAUUAUUGCAAAAUUGUACAUUGAUGGUGAGCUGGCGUAUGUGGCGGAGGCGCAGAACUCUCGCAGCGCUCUCAGUAACCGUGAGUCGGCGACAGAGAAGUUGUGUAAAGCGCGGCGACAGCAGUACAAUGAACAACUGGCGAAGCAGCAUCGAGUAGAGGCUGUGGAACGGCAACUUGUGCAAAUGGUUGCAGAACAUCUACGAAGCAACGGUGACACCAGUGCAGAUGUGACAACACCCAGCGGAGUUGUAAAUAUGGUGCGCACCGCAGUGGAGAAGGGGUACGUAACGCGGGUGGACCUUUGCCUUGUGUACGGCCUGCAGUACUUGAGCCGGGCGGCAACAGGUUUUUCAGCAUCCACGUGA